AUGGCUUCCCCAAAGCCGCGUCGAAAGCGUGAUCGAGUGUUCCAGUGGAUUUCUGGCACGUCCACUCGCCCUAGUAGUCACCACUCGGCAUUAUCCGCAACCUCCACCUCUCCGCCCAACCCAAAUCCUUCAGGAACGUCGAUCGUCGGCGCACAGAGUUUCGAAGAUCGAGUCUUCCUCUGUCUCUCUCAGCAAGAGCAAGACACUAUUCGACAAUAUACAGUGUCAAAUGCGGCGGACAUCAAUACAAUCGUACGGCAAGCGCUUACGGCGACUAGGCAAAAGCAGGCGAUAUGUCAAUCUAAGAGGUGGACUUUUCAGUUCGGUGGACAAUCCGUUGUCUUGCAGAAGAAGGCCGACAAUAUCGUGAGCUGGCUGGAUCGAUUCAAGGCCGUGGGAGAUGUAGUCUCUAAUGCAGACCCUAUCCAUGUCGGUCUGCCCUGGGCUGGCAUCCGUCUUCUCCUCGAGGCAGCCACUUCGGAGAAAAGCCAAAUGGCGGCUCUUCUUUUGGGUCUCGAAACAGCUCUCUACCUAUCGAAUCGACUUCAGGCGUAUAUGACUUAUAUGGCUACACUACCUCCCAGCCUGACACGGGGCAAUCUCGAAUCCUGCCUGAUCGAGUUUCAUGCCCUGAUAUUACGGUUUCUAGGGAAAGCCAUCCGGCUCUAUCAGAAGGGCAGCAUCACCCGCGUAUUUGACGCAUUCUGGCGGGUCGAAGACGUGUCGACAUUUGAGGACGAGUGCCACAAGAUGGCCAACCGUGCCGAUAUCGAGGCGAGCACCUGUAAUCGACAUUUGACGGCUAAGCAGCACGAAGAGUUACGUCAAACUUUACUGAAGCUCGAUGCUAUUCACACAGUCCAGGGAGCGGUUGAGAGGCUAGAACAUAAACUCAACCUUGACAAACUCCCUGUGGCAGUUGGUGCGGCGUUUAAUUCUUAUCAAGAUGAACUUGAUGCCCGAUGCCAUCCCGACACUCGCGUCGACUUACUCCGGGAUAUUUACACGUGGGCAGGCCAAGCCGACGGUAAAUCCAUCUUUUGGUUGAAUGGUGGCGCCGGGACCGGCAAAUCCACGAUAUCUCGCACGGUGGCGCAGACCUUUUCCGAUCAUGGCCGGCUCGGGGCCAGUUUCUUCUUCAAGCGAGGAGAGCGUGAUCGUGAGAAUGCGAGGUUGUUCGUCUCGACCAUCGUUCGCGAAAUGGUGCGGCAGAUACCGGCGUUGAGACCUCAUGUUCAUCAGGCGAUCGAGGACGAUCCAGAGAUCGCAACCCGGGCACUGAAGGAACAAUUCGACAAGCUGAUUUUCCUGCCUUGCACUAAAGUUGGCUCUAUCCCGUUAGCGAGCGUGGUAUUAGUGGUCGACGCCCUCGACGAAUGUGACCGCGAGGGCGAUAUCAACGUUAUGAUCGCUCAACUUUCCCGCCUGCGAGAGUUAAGGACCAUUAGUAUCCGUGCCUUCCUCACCAGCCGACCAGAGGUGCCAAUUCGCCACGCGUUCACGGAAGUGAGUACUGCUAAACAUCGAGAUCUCAUUCUCCACAAUAUUCCGCCUUCGACAAUUCGACACGACAUUUCUAUAUAUCUACAAGAUGAAUUCACGCGGAUUCGAGAUGCACACCGACGUCUAUCGGAUCAAUCCGUUCCUCCUGGCUGGCCGGAUGUUGAAUCUCUUAACGCUCUAACUGACUUAGCGGUGCCGCUCUUCAUCGUUGCAGCGACAGUCUGCCGCUUUGUCGGUGACUUGAAAGGCAAUCCACAGAAGCGACUCCGUCAAGUCCUCGACCAACCUAUCGGACAGAGAUCACAACUCGAGCUGACAUACCUUCCAGUGCUCCGUCAGCUAUUAGCUGGUGUUGACGAUGCCGAGGAGAAGGAGCAGCUUUGUCGUGAUUUUCAUGAGAUUGUAGGCUCUAUCGUCCUCCUUGCCAACCCUUUAUCGACAACAUCCUUAGCCAAGCUACUUCAAAUUGAGAAGACGGAUAUUGACGACCAAUUGCGGUGUCUCCACUCCGUCCUCUGGAUCCCCUCCGAUCCUAAUGCACCAAUUCAUCUCCUUCAUCUCUCCUUCCGAGAAUUUCUGCUAAAGAAAAGGCAUUCUGAUCUUGGACGGCAAUUCACGAUUGAUAAGCCGACCGCACAUGGAUUUCUACUCGACAAAUGUCUCACACUUCUCCGAGGUUCCCAGGGCUUACGUAAAGAUAUUUGUCACCUAGAGCGCCCGGGAAUACUCCGAAGUGAGAUCAGUUAUGCAACUAUCAACGCGUCUAUUCCUCAACAUCUCCAAUACGCGUGCUGCUUCUGGAUCUUUCACCUCCAGCAGAGUGAACGCCAGAUCCGGGACGGCGACGAGAUUGACAGUUUUCUCCGGACGUAUUUUCUUCAUUGGCUUGAAUGUAUGAGUCUUAUAAGUAAAAUCCCGGAAAGUAUUGGCUUGAUUACUACAUUGCAGUCACAAGUGGCCAAGAAAGACAGCCAAGUCUCUACGUUCAUGGAGGAUGCGCGACGGUUUACCCUGACCUUUAGCUCUAUCCUCGCACAGGCGCCAUUGCAAGUGUACGGUUCUCCCUGGCAUUUCAGCCCAUUGAAAAGUCCAGUUCGACACACAUUUAGAGGACAACGGUUACCAACUAUACAAAUACGAAGCCUACUAUCGGAACAGUGGAGUGCGUGUCUACAGACUUACGAAGGGCAUUCCUCCUUGGUGAACAGCGUGGUGUUCUCGCGUGACGGAUCGCGCGUGGCGUCCGGCUCAGGCGACAGCACGGUGCGGGUGUGGGAUGUGCAGACGGGCGAGUGUCAACAUACGCUCGAAGGGCAUUCCGACUGGGUGAACAGCGUGGUGUUCUCGCGUGACGGAUCGCGCGUGGCGUCCGGCUCACACGACAGCACGGUGCGGGUGUGGGAUAUCACUAGCGCGACAGAGGUCCUAUGCCAUAAUACUUAUACCACUAUGAACGACAUCGAAUUCAGCGAUGAUGGCUCAACUAUUCUGGUAAAUGGUGAACUCCUGCCUCUUCCACCGCAAUUACCGUUAUCUUCCACAACGCAGCCAUCGAAUUCGGACGUCACUUCUCGGAGGAAGCUAGGACUUGGUGGUGAAUGGAUUAUGUACGGCUCAGAGAGGAUCUUAUGGCUACCUCCUGAGUACCGUCCGGGUGACUGGGCAAGUUAUAUGGAUAUUGUGGCUAUAGGGAGCGGUAAUGGUCGAGUUACUAUCGUCUCAGUGACUAGGCCCCAUGGCAUUAAUGGCUCGGAGGAGAAGACAUGGUAG